AUGAAGCUCAGUCAAUCCCUCAGUAUCUUCGCGCUCCUCGUAGUGUCGACUGUCGCCGUGGCUGUUCCUCAAGACAAAGCAUGCACACAAUGUCUCACUGAGGGUGCUUUCUGCUCUGGAUUCGCCGGUCCUGUUGGCACAUGCUGCGAUGGGUUGUCGUGUGAAAACGAACCGGGAGUGGCAGAUGAUGCUCACUGCAUUCGAAAGAAGAAGUGUUUGGCGAAGGGUGCUACUUGCGUGAGCAUCGCUGGUCCCCAGGGUACAUGCUGUUCUGGAAAGUGUACCUUCGUGGCAGCAGACUAUAGUGUGUGCAAGUGA